AUGACAGCUGUGUGUGUGCACCUCUCUCUGCUCCUCUGGGUGUUUGGCAGCUCUGGCAGAGCAGCAGCAGCGGGACAGACCCUCAACGACUCCUCACUUGUGGCGGAGGGGAUGUUCUCUCUCAGGGAGAAUUUCCUGAACGUGUCGGUGGCCCAGCUGGAGAACCGGACCUCCGGCUUCUUCCACCUGGAUUUUGACGAGGGGCUGCUGGAGGACUGGCGCUCCCUGGCCAGUAAGAAGAGCCGCGGCGGGGAGUCGCAGGAGGGCGGUGUGAAGGUUCUGCUGCUGGCCGCCUACUCCCUCAUCAUCGUGGUGUCCCUGUUCGGGAACAUCCUGGUGUGCCAUGUGCUGGUGAAAAACAAGCGCACCCAGUCGGCCACCAGCUUGUUCAUCAUGAACCUGGCUGUGGCUGACAUCUUCAUCACUGUCCUCAACACACCGUUCACCCUGGUCCGGUUCGUGAACAGCACCUGGGUGUUUGGGAGGACUAUGUGUCACAUCAGCCGCUUUGUGCAGUACUGCUCCCUGCACGUCUCCACUCUCACACUGACGGCCAUCGCACUGGACCGACGUCAGGUUAUUUUACAUCCUCUGAGACCUCGCAGGUCCCAAGCUCAAGGUCGUGUUUGGGUGGUUGUGAUCUGGAUAAUGGCCACCUGCUUCUCCCUCCCACAUGCAAUCUACCAGAAACUCCUAACCUUUACAUACAGUAAGGAGAAGGAGCGCAGCCUGUGCGUCCCAGACUUCCCAGAGCCAUCAGACAUCUACUGGCAGUACAUCGACCUCCUGACCUUCAUAUUACUUUACGUGCUGCCGCUCCUCAUCAUCACUGCUUCCUACACCACAGUGGCCUGUCGGUUGUGGCGCCACAACGCCAUCGGCGACACCACGACCGCUCAGCACGCCACCCAGAGAAGAAAGCGGAGGCGGACAUUAGCCAUGCUGCUUCUUGUGGUCGGGGUGUUCGCUGUCUGUUGGUUCCCGCUCAAUUGCUACGUGGUGCUGCUUUCCAGCCAGGCCAUCCACUCGUCCAACGCCCUCUACUUCUGCUUUCACUGGCUGGCCAUGAGCUCCACCUGCUACAACCCUUUCAUCUACUGCUGCCUGAAUCCCACCUUCCGCCAUGAGCUGCGGCUACUCUAUGACAUGUGCAGGAGGAGACAGAGGGUGGUCGGGUUGGAGCCUGAACUUCGGCCCGCAGCCAUCUGCACUCCCUGUCACAGGACCGCGUGGCCCGACAACCACGAGUCCUCGAGGCUGAGGCGUGAUUUACCACAGCCGGGCCAAGGCUCCUCACAGCAGAGUGGUUCCAGUCAGUCACACAACCUGAAAGAGACACAUGUGCUGUUCACUGCCAGAAAGGUGCUCACAGGCAGAGCUGACAUCCUGUCAGUGGAGCCCAUUGUGGCUGUGAGCUGACUGAAAUAAAUAUAUCUGCCAAACUGUGAUGAGGCAAACGUCAGUAUCUGAGAUUGUUAAGUCUGAGGAUUUCAUCUUGUCCUGAAGACGACAGGAAAUCAGAACAACAACGGAUUUUAGCUGCGAGAGAAGAUGAUUUUUGUGAUGGAUUUAAAUGAGAAGACGCUGGUGUUUUCCAAAGAGAGACUGUAAUCAUCGUCUGAAGAGCGGCCUCUGUCUGAACUGAAAUCAAUAAGUCAAUGAGAGCAUCAACUGGUCUGCGGACAUUCCAGCCUUUUUCUUCUUCACUAAGAUCUUCUCACACUUUUUCUCUUUUUUGUGCAUUGUUGGCAGAAAAAUAUGAACUCAGCUCUUAGAAACUGACAAAAUAACUAUCACACAAUCAUGCCUCACCAGGAGUUGUAGAUAUUCGAAUUUACAUUUUUCCUUUGACUCCUCCAAGCUGGCUUAACAUUGGAAAUCAACAUCUCGGAUCUUUAAAACAGCAGUGGACUUAACAGUCUCAUCACAAGGUCCAUUUAGUCGUACCCUUCUGAUCAUUAAAAAAUGUUUUUAUGCUGUGACUUCAUUGAGGAGGUGUAAAAUAUUAAGAGACUAACUUCAUUAGACUUUUUAAACAGGGUUAUUAUGUAAUGGUGACAUUGCAAAAAAUGAAAUGAUGCAACUGAGUUCUUUCUUUCCUUUGCGAUGAGCUUAUGCCAAAACUACUUCAUUGCAGUUUUUUUAACACAGGCUACACAACAGAAUCUGAUGAAAAAAAUCAUGCUUUCAUUCUGAUUUCUUGAACUGUGUUUUUUUUUCUUUCAAAAGCCUCCACAGGCAGGAAUGAUCCUGCUGGGGUAACAACAAAGUCCAAUCAUUCCUCUGAAUCGCUCUCUCUGAAAGUAUGAAAGAAAUAUGUAUCGAUUUGCUCUGAUGGACAGAAUCUCAGUGGCAAUGAAAUCCUCUUCACGUUGAUUUACGGGUCAUUUACUACCUGUCCCGCUGCUCGUACAUAUUUGUGCUCCUCUUUGAUUCCCUGUCAUGCAGCCGGAGGGUUUGCAGAGUG